AUGGGAGACGCUCUGAUCGGCCAGCUCGAACAGGACUUCCGCGCCAUUGAGCAGAUGGACCCGUCGCUCGCGGACGGCUUCAAAAUUGUCUACGACCGGGAGGUGCCGUGUGAGAUGCGGGCGACGCGUGGCGGAGACGCCGGCGCCGGCACACUGGAGGGGGUGCGGGUCAAGGUGCUCUCCCUCGGCGACGACCAUAGUCUCUCCACCAUGCGCAUUGAGCUGACGAGCGAGUCGGACCUUUUCUUCCACAACACGUGCGUCAUCAACCACGCCGGUUUCCUCCGGCUGCGCGAACACCAAAGUCUCAUUUGCGACUUCCCUGAUUUUCUCAUGACCCUCCUGAAGAUGUUCAACCGCUGCAUUAGAGAGCCGCAGCGGUUUCUUAUGGUUCUUCUUUUAGACGAGAACGGGACGGCAAACAUGGAGUUUGUAGAGAAUCUUGAGUACAAGCUGGUUGGGGUGCUGACGCUGCCAUUCCGAGCCUCCCCACCGGAGGUGGUGCGGGAACAGAUUGGGUACCGCUACAGUGCCGUGCGCGCGCGACUGGCGCUGCUCACAGCCCAGCUUGAAGAAUUCCAACCUUGUGCUGAAGCCGCAGCAAUAGCGGGGCACACGGAGAGGAGGCAAAAUGCACGCACACAGGUGCGUGCGUGUACUUGUUGA